UCUACUCUGUCCCUUUAAUUUCAAUAAAAGUUAGGGGGGAAAAGAAAAAAGCACCAAUGCUUUAUGCUUCCCUUCAUUCGUGCAUAACUAAGUAACUAACCUUAACUUUUAUCUCACAAAAAAGCUUCAAUGGCAGAGAAGAAGAACCUGCUUGUACUUGACACAAUGACCAGGAGACUCGCCUCCAUAGUCAACCACCUUGGUGCCUCUUCUCAAUCUGAUCACCCUUCUCUUUCCCAGAAUGAUAGCUACGAACGUGUUCACGGGGAUGUUCCCUCCCACGACUUCGUUUGGAGGGUCAUUGCUUCCGAUGCCGACUCCGACAAGGAGUUCACUGACAUCAUCUACGAGAAGGCUGUUAGGGAAGGCAUAGCCAAGAUUAGUAUUAAUAAGCCUGAGAGAAUGAAUGCCUUUCGACCCAAUAUAGUUAAGGAACUUAUUCGUGCUUUCAAUGAUUCCAGGCAUGAUAGUUCUAUUGGGGUUGUCAUUCUUACUGGCAAGGGGACCAAGGCAUUUUGUAGUGGUGGUGACCAAGCUUUGAGGACAGCAGAUGGUUAUUCUGAUAAUGAAGAUAUUGGUAGCCUUAAUGUGUUGGACUUGCAGAAUCAUCCUGCUGUUGUUGUGCCUAGGCUUCCUGCUGGUUUGAAUUUGCCUAGCCCAGUCAGGAGAUGUCAAGUUUAACUUUCAAUGUGGAGCUUGAUGCUGCUAAUGCAACUUAGUUAUUUAUUAAUAUUUUAGAUUAUCCUAUCUUUAAGUGCUAAGUGUAAUUUGUGACAUUCAUGUAACAUUGGGAUGGUCAUCUUAUUUUUUUGGGUAUCUUUUUAUUAAGACAAUGAGAUAUUGGCCAAUGAUGUUGAAAAAUAACAUCCAAUUUUAUAGGUAUCAUGUAAUGAAUAUUAUGUUUAUUUAUGUGAUUU